AUGACUGCCGCCGAAGACGUCCCAAUUGAAGUUUCCAAGCUGUUCGACACCAUCUUGGUGUUGGACUUUGGCUCCCAGUACUCCCAUCUCAUAACCAGAAGACUCAGAGAGUUCAAUGUCUACGCAGAGAUGCUUCCUUGUACGCAAAAAAUCGCCGAUUUGACCUGGAAACCAAAGGGUGUGAUCCUCUCUGGAGGUCCCUACUCCGUGUACGAGGAUGGUUCUCCCCACGUUGAUCAUGACGUGUUCAAAUUGAAUGUUCCUAUUCUUGGAAUCUGUUAUGGAAUGCAGGAGAUUGCCUGGAUCAACGGAAAGGGAGUUGCCAGAGGAGACAAACGUGAGUACGGACCAGCCACACUCAACGUCAAGGAUAAGCUGUGUGCCUUGUUUGCUGAUGUGGACCAUUCACAGGUGUGGAUGUCUCACGGAGACAAACUUCAUGCUCUUCCCACCGGCUUCAACAUCGUCGCUACUUCCGACAAUUCUCCCUACGCCGCCGUUGCCAACGAGGACGAGUCGAUCUACGGUAUCCAGUUCCACCCGGAGGUCACCCACACCACCCAGGGCCGUACGAUCUUGAAGAAUUUUGCCGUCAACAUCUGUAAGGCUUCGACCAACUGGACCAUGGAGAACUUUAUCGACACAGAAAUUGCUAGAAUUCAGAAGUUGGUAGGUCCUACUGCCGAGGUUAUCGGAGCAGUUUCUGGCGGUGUGGACUCCACUGUAGGUGCCAAAAUCAUGAAGGAAGCCAUUGGCGACCGUUUCCAUGCCAUCUACGUCGACAACGGAGUCAUGAGAAAAAACGAAACCGAGGAGGUUUACAAGACUUUGACAGAAGGUCUCGGUAUCAACUUGACCGUGGUGGAUGCUAGCGACUUGUUUUUGGGCAGAUUGAAAGGUAUCACUGACCCAGAAAAGAAACGGAAAAUCAUUGGUAACACCUUCAUCCAUGUCUUUGAAGAAGAAGCCGCCAAGAUCAAGCCUGCUCACGGCCAGGAAAUCGAAUACUUGUUGCAAGGAACAUUGUACCCCGAUGUCAUCGAAUCCAUUUCUUUCAAGGGUCCUUCGCAGACCAUCAAGACCCACCACAACGUCGGUGGUUUGUUAGACGUAAUGAAGCUCAAACUUAUUGAACCUUUGCGUGAGUUGUUCAAAGACGAAGUUCGUCAUUUGGGUGAACUUUUAGGAGUUCCCCACGAUCUUGUGUGGAGACAUCCGUUCCCAGGACCCGGUUUGGCUAUCAGAGUUUUGGGUGAAGUGACUCCAGCUCAAGUCAAAAUUGCUCGUGAAGCCGAUGCCAUUUUCAUUGCCGAAAUCAAGGCUGCUGGCUUGUACAAGCAGAUUUCGCAAGCUUUCGCCGCGUUGUUGCCCGUCAAGUCUGUUGGUGUCAUGGGAGACCAAAGAACCUAUGAGCAAGUGAUUGCAUUGAGAGCCAUUGAAACUGUCGAUUUUAUGACCGCAGACUGGUUUGUGUUCGAAGCCGCUUUCUUGAAGCGUGUGGCCUCGCGGAUUGUCAACGAGGUCGAUGGCGUCGCCAGAGUCACCUACGAUAUCACUUCCAAGCCUCCAGCUACCGUUGAAUGGGAAUAA